CUUCAUUUCCGUUGUAUUCGCCGAGCCAUCUUGGUCGCGCGUCAGAGCCACCGGUCACUUCGUCGGCCAAUUUCGUUCGCUACACUUCGUAAGAGAGAGAGCAUACGUUCAGUAAUAUUCAGCGAACUGAUCGGCGUUGCCGUGUACAUCCAGAAUGAGCACCCGAGUAUUCGUUGGUGGAUUAACAUACCGGGUGAGAGAGCGCGAUCUCGAGAAGUUCUUCCGGAAAUAUGGUAGAAUCAAGGAGGUCGCUAUGAAGAAUGGAUUUGCCUUUGUGGUAAGUCUAAUGUGGUUUAAUUGUUUUUUUACAGUAUGGUAGGGACAAGAGUCUAUGUCGGUGGGCUUCCGUAUGGGACCAGGGAAAGAGACCUUGAGAGAUUUUUCAGAGGCUACGGUCGUUUCCGUGAUGUACUCAUCAAGAAUGGUUACGGCUUUGUUGAAUUCGACGACUAUAGAGACGCCGACGAUGCUGUAUACGAACUAAAUGGGAAGGAACUUCUAGGGGAAAGAAUUACUGUAGAGAGGGCCCGGGGGACACCUAGGGGUAGUGACCAGUGGCGCUAUGGUGACUCCCGUGGUGGUUAUGGGGACUCGAGGCGAUCUGCCCGAGACGAUAUGCGGCACGACAGAGAUAGUGUGAACAGAAACACGAGGACUGCAUCUAGCUACAAGCAAUCAUUGCCCAGAUACGGACCACCGACACGUACAGAGUACCGCCUGACUGUGGAGAAUCUUUCAAGCCGUGUCAGUUGGCAGGAUUUGAAGGAUUAUAUGAGACAAGCUGGAGAAGUGACCUAUGCAGAUGCUCAUAAGCAACGGAGGAACGAAGGAGUUGUUGAGUUCGCGACAUACUCUGAUUUGAAGAACGCUAUCGAUAAGUUGGAUGACACCGAACUGAAUGGACGCAGGAUUAGACUCAUCGAAGAUAAGAGACGCGGCCGUCGUUCGAGAUCGUCUAGCUCGAGAUCACGCUCAAGAUCUCGAUCAAGAUCUCGUCGUCGGUCGCGUUCCCGCUCAAGGUAUAAUCGUCGUUCUCGAUCCCGAUCAAGAAGUCGCCGCAGUUCCCGUAGUCGCAGCCGUCGCAGCAGCCGUUCCAAAUCAAGAGCACAUUCGAAGUCCAAAUCCAAGUCUAAAUCCAAAUCUCCGGAGCGCAGCCGUUCCCGUUCCAAAUCCAAAUCAAGAGACCGCUCAAAGUCGAAAUCUAAGUCAAAGUCCAAAUCCAGAUCUCGUUCUAGGUCCAAGGCUGAGAGGUCAAAGUCCAGGUCGCAGUCCAAAUCCAAAGCCAAGUCUCCCUCAAAGGAUAGAUCGAGCCGCGAACGCUCGCGAGGUGACAGAUCUAGGUCACGAUCGGGAAGCAAGCACAGCAAGAGCCGUAGUCGUUCCCGUUCACCCAUGAAUGGUGACAAGUCACCCGAGAGCAGCAAGCAGAAAGCAGACUGAGCGAACGAGAGACACAUUUUGACAAUUGAUGGAUUUCGAUUUAUAUUCAUGUAACAUUGUAAAAAAUAAGUAAACUAUACUCGCAAAUACAUCUGUAAGUUAGACUUCACGCUGUAAAAUGCUUCUUGAACCACUUCAUUUUUAUUUUCUUAUGGGAGUUACGAUGUUGAAUUUUUACUUUGUUCCCGAGAAGUGUUUCUUGUACUAUUGCGUUCCAGUGUAGUUUUAAGUAAACUGUAGUUAUAAAAUAAACUAAGUUAACUAGUUAACCGAGUGAGUUAAACUUACUAGUUAACUUAAGUUAACUAUAUAUAUUCCGCGCCUAACUUCAUAUGUUGUGUACUGAUAGUGAGCAAAGAACAAAAUUGAAAAAAAAAA